CACAAGUCCAUCUCUGAGCAGAACAACCACCGCACUCCGUCUCUCGAACCGCCACCCCCUCCGCGGGGGUAUCUCCACCACAGCCACCGAGCAUGUACAACAGAGCCAGAAACUUCCGUCGUCGCAGCGACGACACCGAUGAAGAUAACGACAACACAACCACAACCAGCACCUCCACCAACAAACCCCAAUCAAAACCCAGCACCAAAACCGCCGCCUCCAAACCCAAAAAACCACCCAGUCAAGCCCCCAAAAAUCUCCUAAGCUUUGCCGACGACGAAGAAACCGAAUCAUCACCCAUUACUCGCCCCUCCUCCAAACCCUCCUCCUCCUCUUCUCGAUUCGCCAAAUCCGUUUCAUCCUCUUCCUCACACAAGCUCACCGCUGCAAAAGACCGAAUUGCCCCAUCUUCUUCGUCUCUCCCAUCGAAUGUCCAACCCCAAGCCGGUACUUACACCAAAGAAGCCCUGCUUGAACUUCAAAAGAACACUAGAACGCUUGCCUCUUCACGUCCCCCUCCUAAACCGGCCUCCGAACCGGUUAUUGUCUUGAAAGGGCUCGUGAAACCUGCAACUGAGAAAGACCAAGAUGGCGAAAAAGUGGAAAUAAUUCAAGAUUUGGAGGAUGACGAAGUAGGUAUUGAGAGAAAGGAGGGUUUGUCCGGGAGAGAGAAAGAUGAUGCGAUAACCCGGCUGGGUUCAAUGGGGUUAGGGAAAGGUGAAGACUUGAUUCUGGAUCAGGCAACGAUAGCUGCGAUACGGGCUAAGAGGGAGAGGCUGAGGCAAUCCAGGGCUGCGGCACCAGAUUUUAUAGCAUUGGAUGGAGGGAGUAAUCACGGGGAGAGAGAAGGAUUGAGUGAUGAGGAGCCAGAAUUUCAAAUGAGGAUUGGGUUUUUUGGGGAGAAGAUUGAUAGUGGGAAAAAGGGCGUGGGUGUGUUUGAGGAUGUGGAUGAAAGGGCAGUGGCAAUGGCAAUGGCAAUGGAUGGAGGGUUUAGGAAAGAUGGUGAAGUGGAUAGUGGUGAUGAAGAGGAUAAAAUUUGGGAAGAAGAGCAGUUUAGGAAGGGGUUGGGGAAGAGAAUGGAUGAUGGGUCUAGUAGAGGGGUGAGCAGUAGUGUUGAUGUGGUUCAGAGUCAGAUUGUCCAGCAACAGAAAUUGGGGUACUCAACUGGGGUAGCUGCUUAUUCUUCGGUUCCUAAUGCUGCUGCCGUUCCAAGCAUUGGGGGAGCAGUUGGGGCGAUGCCAAAUUUGGAUGUGAUAUCCAUACCACAGCAAGCUGAGAUUGCUAAGAAAGCCAUGCUUGAGAACGUGAGGAGGCUUAAGGAAUCUCAUGGCAGAACCAUGGCGUCCUUGACUAGGACUGAUGAAAAUCUAUCUGCCUCUCUGUUGAAUGUCACCACUCUUGAAAAUUCUCUAUCUGCUGCUGAGAGACGGAGAGAACUGAAGAUCGCUCUUCCUAAAAUUGUUCAACGAUUAGACUAUCAAGGGAAGGGGAAGAAGAAAAUUGGCGUGAGCAUGGACAGUGUUACCAAAAGUUUCAAGCAUUUUAAAAAUGAUGUGAAGAUUGAGCAAAAAGUGUUCCUAGUUGAGGUUGAUGAAAAAUCAAAGGGGGAUAAGAUCAAUAGCACAAAAAUAGCACGUUAUGCUAGUUUCUCUUUAGCGAUUGGGUUGAGAGGUGUCAUUUAG